AUGAAGGCGUUUAACAAACUCAAGAGCCACAUCAUGGAGAAGCAGGCGGACACCGCUCAAGUGCCAAUGACUCAGCCUGGCAUGGGUUGCCACCCUCCGACAGCGAAAGAUGUCCUGCGCUACCGAUAUCAGCACGCUUGCAAUGUCGGCUCGGUCUUCAUUCUCGAGCGCUGGCUCACACCCAGCAUGUUCCCGGAUUCAGCACCAGGUUCCAGCGAGCUCGCCGCAGUCCAGGCCUGGAUCGCUCAGGAGGGUAUGGAGCUUGCUCGUCAGCGGUUUGAGAAGCACUGGCUCGAGUAUGUCACCGAUCCCGACCUAGAAUGGAUGCGAGACGUUGCGAAGUGCAAUACCAUCCGACUUCCCAUCGGCUACUUCACCCUCGGACCCCAGUUCUGCGAGCACACUGCUUUCAAGAAAGUGGCGCCUGUAUAUGAAAAUGCCUGGCACGCUGUCCAGCAGAUCGUGUCUCGCUGCCAUGCGCGAGGGAUCGGCGUCCUUCUCGAUCUUCACGGCCUUCCCGGCGGCGCCAAUACUGGAGACCAUUCUGGCACGAACUCAGGCAAGGCUGAGCUAUGGGACUCUUCGCGCAACCUGUCGCUUGCUACCAAAGCCGCUUGUCACCUCAUACGGCAGGCUACGACCAUGGACGGCGUUGUGGGUGUCCAGAUUAUCAAUGAGGCCGAUUACGACGCCAAAGGCAUGUAUACUUGGUACGACAAAGUGCUCGCUGAAGCAUCACACAUCGACCCAACCAUGCCCAUCUACGUCUCCGACGGGUGGAUCCUCGAGAAAGCGCUCGCCUGGUCUCAAGGCCACAAUAACGCCCAUACCCGAUCCGCCUGCAACCCCGUCGUCAUCGACACUCACCUCUACUGGGCCUUCUCCGACGCCGACAAAGCCAAGGACCCGCAGACCAUCAUCCACGAAGUCCCAAGCAGACUCGCUGAGCUCGACGGCAAAGACGGCGACGUCCAGGCCCGCGGCGCCGCUCAAGUCGUUAUCGGCGAGUACAGCUGCGUCCUGACCGAGGACAGCUGGGCGAACAGCCAUGGCGUGCCGAAACAAGACCUCGUCUUCCAAUUCGGCAACGCGCAGUCCCAGCGAUACCAGCAGCGGUCCGGCGGGUCAUUCUUCUGGACUUACAGGAUGGACUGGAUGCCAGGCGGCGAAUGGGGCUUCAGAGAGAAGUCCGAGCAAGGCGCCAUCACACCCCCCAUCUCCCUCACCCUCCACGCCUCAGAAAUCGCCUCCCGUACCUCUGGCGCGCAAACCCAGCGCGACUUCAAACGCGGCAAUACCUGGGGCCAGCACUGCCAGUAUUGGGACACGAAUUUCCCCGGUCAAUACGAGCACCACCGCUUCCCGGAAGGAUGGGACGUCGGGUUCGCGGACGCGACGGCUUUCUUCGGCAUGCGGAGUCAAGCUGGGCAGGGCGUGGGUGGGGACAAGAUUGGGAUGCUGGAUUUGUGGGUUCUGAAGCGUUUGAGGGAGAGUGGGCAAGUUGGGAGCGCGUUUGCGUGGGAGUGGGAGGUGGGGUUCCGGCAGGGGGUGAGGGAUUUCUGUGAGUUGGUUGGGGUGUAG